AUGAAGUUCGGGAAAGAGUUCUCAUCGCAAAUGGUGCCGGAAUGGCAUGAAGCUUACAUGAACUACAAUUAUCUCAAAACCCUUUUAAAAGAUAUCAUCAGAUUCAAACGCAAAAACAACCCUCACCACGGUCACACCCAUCAUCACCACCACCUUCGCCGGACGUUAACUCUCUACCGAUCAUUCAGCGGUUUACUCGCAAAGUCCGGAAGAAAAAGACAUCACCACGGUCACGGUGGUGGACAGAUCGGCCACUUUUCAGAUUCCGACGACGAUAUCGAAGAAGGGCUGAGGUCAGCGCCGAUACUAGUGCACUCAGCGAGUCAUGGAUACGAGACGACGUUCCUCAUGGCGGCAGAGGAAGGAGGAGAGUACGAGACGGUGUUUUUCCGGCGACUAGACGACGAGUUCAACAAAGUGGACAGAUUCUAUAAAGAGAAGGUGGAAGAAGUGAUGAAGGAAGCUGUGAUGCUCAACAAGCAGAUGGAUGCUCUCAUCGCGUUUCGUGUGAAAGUGGAGCAUCCUGAUGGGUGGCCAUGGGAGGAGAGGACGGUGGAGAUGAAUCAGUUAGCCUCUGACGUCGCUAGCUCCGCGGCGGCCGUCAGAGCUUCUACUCCCGCCGGAGCUAGAUCCAUUCGAGCGCAUCAAGCUCACAUGGCGGCGAUACAAGAAGGAGGAUCGAGCAAAGCUGGCAAAUCGGACGAAGAUGAAGAUGAUGACAUUGUAGAGAAAGAAGAACUUAACGUGGUUUCCAACGUAGGAACCGGUGAAAUAAGUAGAUUCAGAGCUGCGAGGCCAGCUCCUAUCGAGGUUUUGGAUCGUGUAACGAUCAACCAUACAAAGGAAACGCCACGGUCCACAAUUAAAAGCGUUCUCCAGGUGUCUAAUACAGAGCUCAAGUUUAGCAGAGAGAAUCUGAAGAGAGUUGAGGAGAAGCUCAGACGCGCCUUUGUAGAGUUCUACCAGAAGCUUCGGCUACUCAAAAGCUAUAGCUUCUUGAAUGUGUUGGCGUUUUCGAAGAUUAUGAAGAAGUAUGAUAAGAUAACUGCGAGGAAUGCUACAAAGUCUUACAUGAAGAUGGUUGAUGAUAAUUCUUACCUUGGAAGCUCUGAUGAGGUAAAUAGACUCAUGGAGCGUGUUGAAUCAACGUUCAUAAAGCAUUUCAGUAAUGGUAACAGAACAAAAGGAAUGAACAUUUUGAGACCCAAAGCUAAAAGAGAGAGACAUCGAGUUACAUUCUCCACAGGUUUCUUGGCUGGUUGCGUGUUUUCUUUAAUAGUGGCUUUAUUCGCCAUCAUACGCACCCGACACGUUUUGCAGAAGGAAGGCCAAGAUCAAUACAUGAACACUAUGUUCCCUCUUUACAGUUUUUUUGGCUUCAUUGUGCUGCACAUACUUAUGUAUGCUGGGAACAUUUACUAUUGGAGGCGGUAUCGAGUGAAUUAUUCUUUCAUAUUUGGGUUUAAGCAAGGAAGGGAACUUGGCUAUAGACAAGUUCUACUUGUGGGCUUCAGCAUUGGAGUUUUGGCCCUUCUUUGUGUUAUUGCCAAUCUUGACAUGGAGGUUGACCCCAAGACUAAUGAGUACAAAGAAUGGACCGAACUUCUUCCUCUUGUCCUGCUCAUUGUUUUGUUUAUUGUUCUAGUCUUACCAUUCAACAUCUUCUACCGCUCGAGUCGCUUAUUCUUCCUCACUUGCCUCUUUCACUGUGUUGCUGCUCCUCUUUACAAGGUUACUUUACCUGAUUUCUUAGUGGGAGAUCAGUUAACAAGCCAGGUCCAAGCUAUUCGAAGCGUCCAAUUUUACAUAUGUCACUACGGUUGGGGAGAUUAUAAACAUAGAAAAAACACUUGCACAGACUCAGAUGUCUACAAUGCUUUCUUGUUCAUUGUUGCUGCCGUCCCAUAUGUCUGGCGUCUCUUUCAGUGCUUGAGGAGGCUAUUUGAAGAGAAAAACGCAGAGCAAGGAUACAAUGGCCUCAAGUACUUCUUGACUAUAGUGGCUGUCUGCGUCAGGACGGCUUACAGUGUUGUUGAUGAAGAUCAUAAAUUUAUCUGGAGAAUGUUAGCUGUGAUCUUCUCAGCUAUUGCUGCCAUUUUCUGUACUUACUGGGACUUGGUCUUAGACUGGGGUCUUCUAAACAGGACUUCUAAGAACCGUUGGCUCCGGGAUAAACUUCUUGUCCCACAAAAGAAAGUAUACUUCAUAGCAAUGAUCUUGAACAUCUUGUUUAGGUUUGCGUGGCUGCAGACCGUGUUAGAUUUCAACUUCUCAUUUAUGCACAGGCAGACUAUGAUUACCGUUGUAGCAAGUCUAGAGAUUAUCCGCCGUGGGAUAUGGAAUUUCUUCAGGUUGGAGAAUGAGCAUGUGAACAAUGUGGGGAAGUACAGAGCCUUCAAGACGGUUCCAUUACCGUUUAACUACGACGAGGAUGACGACAAAGACAGCUAGUUGUUUCGGUCUCUUGUAAAUCAUGUAAAGAGAGAUUCUUCAACUACAGUAUUUAUCCACAAUAAAGACUGGAUUAGAGUCUAGUUGGUCUAUCAAGAUCAAGAAGAUGCUAAUAUCAGAGGGCUUGUAAGAGUUUUUUUUUUGACCUUGUGGUUAAUUCUAGAAGUUGCCAAAUGUGCCACAGUAAUUAGGAUCACCAGUGCAUGAGUCAUUUGAGGGGGAGAAGUUAGAGAAUCCACUAAUCGAUGUACUCUGUGUUUUUUUAUUGUUCUCUAAUAAUAUCAGAAGUUCCUCAUGUAAUAAAUAAAGAGGAAAGACACUUAUCAGUUAUUAACUUCAAUUAAUCCAUGUUAACAUCCUAAGCUUUGCG